AUGGCCAUCGAAAACUUCCCCCAAGAGGACCUCGAUGCGAUAUACGCCUUCGCCGUGGACCUCGGCCGCAAAGCCGGUAAGCUGCUCAUGGACCGCGUCGAGCAGCGCAUCGCCGGCACGGCAGCACAGGAGUUCGAGGAGAAGGAGAAUGCGGUUGAUAUUGUGACGCAGACGGAUGAAGACGUGGAAGUAUUUAUUCGCAAUGCGAUUCAGAGACAAUACCCGUCUCACCAGUAUGUUUGCAAAUCUUUAUACAUGAUUGAAGAAGGAAAGCAGCUGACUCGGGACGGUAGAUUCCUCGGCGAAGAAAGCUAUGCCAAGGGCCAGUCGCGCGACUACUUGAUUGACGAGCGGCCGACAUGGUGCAUCGAUCCAUUAGACGGUACACCACACCCUUGCCCCCAUUAUAUCACAUACGGACUAACACCUUCAAAAGGAACUGUAAACUACACCCACCUCUUCCCAAUGUUCUGUAUCUCAAUCGGGUUCAUCGUAUCCCACCGCCCCGUGCUAGGGGUAAUCUACGCCCCCUUCCAGGACCAGCUCUUCUCAGCCUGUAGCGGUCGUGGCGCCUGGCUAAACGAGACACGCCGGCUGCCGCUGAUCCAGAACCCAUCAAUCCCACCCAUGCCGCCCAAUGCGCCCGCUCAGUGUAUCCUGUCCUGUGAGUGGGGCAAGGAUCGGCGCGAUAUCCCCGACGGGAAUAUGCAUCGCAAGAUUGAGAGCUUUGUUAAUCUUGCCGCGGAGUUGGGCGGUCGGGGUGGGAAGGGAGGCAUGGUGCAUGGAGUUAGGAGCUUGGGAAGCGCGACUUUGGAUUUGGCGUAUACGGCUAUGGGGUCUUUUGAUAUUUGGGAUGUUGCGGCUGGCAUUGCCAUUCUGCUUGAAGCUGGCGGCCUGGUGACGACUGCGAAUCCGCCGGAGGAUCUAGAGACGGCGCCGAUUGAGGAUGUGAGACUGGGGAGUCGGCUAUAUCUGGCUAUUCGGCCGGCUGGCCCUUCGGCUACGGAAACAGGCCGCCAGUCGCAGGAGCGCACAGUCCGACAAGUCUGGCGGCGGGUUCGCCAGCUCGAAUACUCGCGGCCGGGAGCAUAA